AUGAAUAAUUUUUGUUUUUAUCAUGAUGGUUUAUUAGAAGAUCGAGAGAAGUACUUCAAAUAAGAUAUCAUAAACUUUAUAGGAAAUGUAUUAGCUUAUAUGAGAGAAAAAAAUAUUGAAAUUUUAACUUAUUAGCAUUUUAAUAAAUGUUGGAUGGAAAAUGAUAUUCAUUUUAUCCAUUAAUGUCAAUUAGAAUGGGAAUCUUAGGAUGAUUAUUACAAUCUAUUAUAUGGAAUAAUACUAAAUAAAUUGAUUGAAUCUCCUUUAUACUUUGAAUAGUUGUCAUUGUUUUACUUAAUUUAUACUAUAUAUGUUACUUUAGAUUAAAAGAUUCUAAUAUCUUUAGAUCAAGAAACAAUGAAUUAAUUAUAUUUUUUUUUUUAGGAAUGCAAAGAAAAAAAUAAUCAUGAUGUUUUUCUUCUUUUUCUGGAAUUAAAUAAAUAAAAUGCAUUUUUAUUAAGUUCUCGUGUUGGAUGUAAAAGAUUAUCCAUUCAUCCAUGUGGUUUACCAUAUAUAAUUACAAAAAGAAAGUAAUAAAAUUGAUAAUGUAGUAAAGCUCAAUUAAAAUAGAUUACAGAAGAAAGAGAGGAUGAAUAAGAAAGAGCUGAAAGAACAGAUUUGACAAAAUAAUUAUUGAAUGCAAGUGAGAGAUAUCAUAAAGCAAAACAAAAAUAAAAUAUUAAAUUAAAGAGUACUGAUCCACAUUUUGCAUAAAGAUGCAUUCAUACUUUUAGUAAUAUUAAUUAGAAAUAAUGAAC